AUGGAUCUCAAUCCCGGAAAUAAUCAAAACUCAGCUGCUAAAGAAAACUCUUAAAUAUAGUCUCGAAUUGAUUCUUUCUUCAGGUCAGGUGAUAAAUAGAGUGCAUAAAUAUCUAGUUAAACAUCUAAUAACUCUUAAUCUAAUAGAGAUCAAGCUCAAGUUGAGAAUAUUGUUGAAGUUAUCAAGCAUCAAGCCAGAUCUGGUUAGAUAAAAGGUAAAAAGAGCGAACUGCAUGAUGUGAUGGCUAUUCUUGAAUAUAGAAAAACUAAAAAUGGAAAGUCAAUCGAAUAUAAAAUCUAAUGGGCAAAGCAUGAACCUACCUGGGAAACAGAGAAAAUUCUUAGGCCUAAUCUAGAUGAGCUUUUAAAUGCAUAUCAAUAAACAAAUAAAAUAAUGAGCAGAACUCCAGGUAGCAGUUAGUAAAAUCUUAUCUAAACUGAAAUUGAAUUAAAAACAGAACAGCCUAAACAGGAGGAACAAAUUUAAAGAAUAGAAAAGGUUGCUGAAAAGUAAAAGGAGUAGACUAUGUCAUAAUCAAACAGUGUUUCUAAGAAAGAUAUCAAAGAGGCUAAGAAAAAAGAGAAAGAAAAUACUAGUACUAAAAAGUCAGAGUCAAAAAAACAAGCAGCUGCUUCAAAUUAAAUGCAACAAUAAAUAGCAAAAUAAGAUAUUUAUGAGGAGGAGAAAUCCGAAACAGUCAUUCAUGUGUCCCCUUCAAAGAAAAAUAUGUAUGAAGAUAUCGACAAAGCAUUUGUGGAGAUGGUAGGCAAUUGGAAAAAGCAGAAGAGAUAGGAAAACAAAGAUGUAUAUAAAUGCUCUGAGUGUGAUUAAAGAAUAGAUGUAGAGAAAAAAGGAUCUCUUUACGAAGUAAAUUAUAUCGGAUAGAAUUUGCAUGAUCCAUAUGAUCUAGUUCAUACUCUUCCAUUUUAGGAAAAGAUUGGUCAAUCUGAGUCUAUUAAAAUGCAUUCUUCCAGCGAAUCAUUCAUAAAAAUUAAUACAAAAAAUAAAGUUAAAGUUUCACCAGAUGAGCUUCUUGAGUUAAUGAACUGCCAAUAGCCAAUAAUGUUCAAAUACUUUAAGCCGUCAAUAGAUAUUCUUACCUUCUUUUUAGCCAGUAUAAAUAAAGAAAUUAUUGUUCCAGUUACACCAGACAUCAAAAGAAUAACAAGAAGCUCUAAAAAUGUGACUCCUUGCUCUAAAUUCCCAGAGGAGUCUGUUUAACUGAAAAGUAGUCUCAAAAAAAGAGAAUAAAAAGACGCUGAAAAAAAAAUUGCAAAAGAAGAAAAAGUUGGAUAAAAUCUUGACGAUCAAUUUACAAAUGCACUUGAUUCCUUGAUGGAUGAAAGUCAAGAUACAAAUAAGGAAGAGAAGCCUAAGUAAAUAGAAGAAAAUCCUAAAUAAUUACACCCUAAAUCAGAGAAGAAAAAUAAAAAUAAAGAAAAAACCGAAGUAUAAAAAUUAGAAACUGAAAUUAAGGAAGAAAGUACUGGCACUUCAAAUAAUGUAUCAAAGAAAAGAGUGCAAUUUAAUUAGAUAGUUACUUAAGCUGAGUUUGAGAAAGAAUAGUCAGAAGAAAAUAACUCUUAAAAUAACAAUCAAAGCUAAGAGGAAUAAGAUAAUGAUUCAGACAAUGAAUACAAUUUUGAGGGCAUUAGUUCUGACGAAGAAGAAUAAGAGUCAGGAAAUUUCUUAAAAUACAUGGAAUAUGAAAAUGAAAAAGCCAUGAAAGAACGCCAUUAUUUAAUGAAGGAACUUAAAUGUAAGGAAAGAAGAGGAAGUAUCUUUAUUGACAAGGUAAAAAAAGUAGUUACUGUAAUGAAAAGAGCUAGCGGAAAGUACGAUUUCAUAAUAGAGUGGGAGUAUUGUAAGAAUGAUAAUAUUAAACCCUCGACUUCCCUUGUUAGAGGAUCUCACUUUGUUUUUUCAAAUCCUUUGCUUUACAGAAGGUUUAUGGAAAAAACAUUUGUUGAUACGUAUACUGGUACUAUGGUUACAAUUUCAGAUUGA